AUGAUCGGAAACCCUAGUACGGGUCAGUUCGUAUCGCUACCAAGAAUCAAAACGAGGAAAAAAGACAUACGAUCUGUUUUUGGAUAUGAUCCAGUUAAUGAUGUCUACAAGCUACCAGAUGAUAAUACGCUUCAACAGUUUGGUAAUCUGGUGAAUCACAGUGGAAAGAUAACCAUAGCGAGUGGGAGAUCUAACGGACCAAUCGACCUAUGGGUUCUUGAAGAUGCCAAGAAAGGAGUAUGGUCAAAAGCUGCAGCCGUGGUUCCUUCUGUGGCAGAUAUAUGUGGGAGGGAUCAAAGGUUCAUGUUCAGGGGUUUACUUGCUACUGGCGAGAUCAUAUUCGCACCGCUUCCAUCCCCUAACCCCUUCUUUUUCCUUUGUUACGAUCCCAAGGCCCAAAACGCUAGAAAAGUUGUCAUUGAAGGAAUUGGAGAUGAUUCUGCUCAUAUCCAAGUCUUUUUCGACCAUGUUGAGAGUUAUAUGUCUAUGUGA